GAUACCUUGCGGAUGUACAAGGAUGCAUGAGAUAAUAAUUGAUUUAAGGGACUUUUAAAGGCUUUCAACUUUGACGUUCGCAGCCCACUUCCGGACUGGAAGGGUUAUGAUUUACCUUAAUCUUUAAGCUUUCCUUUUUCACAAAAUUAUACUAAUGUAACACAAAAGCUUACUUUCCAUGGUACGAAUAAAAUAAUUAUUUAUUAUCUCAUCUUAAGUCAAAAGAUUGAUGAACGGACAAGAAUUUUUGUAUACCAUUUUGUAUUAGUUGUUAUUAUUAUAGCGUCAGAAACCAUUCCUGAAUAUAAUUUUUAAGAAUGCUACCGAGUUAAUAAUCCUUAGUCGGAUAAAAAUUAAUAAAAAACCGGGUCCGUUGCGAUGACUGGACUGUCGUGGGUUUUGGUAUUUCGCAACCCUUUAAUACUAUAGUUGAUUUUAAUAUGUUAUAUUUUGCUUUCAUCUGCGCACUGUAAACUCUUUCAAUAUUUUAAAACUUAAUUCACGCAAAAUUUCCGCCCAUCUGUGUUUUCCUACUUCAGCGAAAACGUUAGUUACAGUUUGUUUCCUACUACCCUACCAUCACUCACUGUUGUUUCGCAUAUGCUAAAACAUGCCACGCAUACAAACAAAAUGCCACUUUAUAUGCAUAUACUCGUAGCACUUAAGUAAAACCUUUCAGUGUACCACUCUUCUGAAUUCGAGACAAAGCGCAACCACUACGAUUACUACUACUACUAUGAUGAUGAAGGCGACCAUCCUAUUCGGGCGGCCCGAACGCAAUGCGCCAAUGACUUUGACGUCGUAGCCACGGUGGAUACUAGGGCAGAAAACGCCAGCACGCUAAUAGUCCCGCACGUCUUCACUCAUAUAGCGCAUUAGUACAACAUAAAAGGCACAAAAAAUGCAGCAGUCAGGUAUAUACAGUCUGAAACUUUAAAUAAUUGCCUCAUAGCACUUUCAACACAAUCUAUUCAUAAAAUAUUACACAACGUCAACUAGGUGGAACAUUAAAAUAUUUAUUGUGCGUUAAACUAACAAGUGCAAAUCAAGUCCGAAGUGAAAUAUAUGUGAUCAUAAUAAUUACAAUACUAAGCAAAUUCUUUCGAAGUGCAAAAGUGGCAAAAUGUACAUUAUCAGGAUCUUAAAACAAAGGAACUAGUGUUUCGAGACAAUAAGAAAACUUUAAGGCGCGAAGAUAACAUUUUACGUUAAAGUAUAUAGUAGUUUAUGAACAGAAAAAUCAACUGAAGUACGGUUAUACCCUCCAGCUACUGGAAGCAACAGCACUCGACUGAAUUGAACUGGCCAAAUAUUUUGAGUUCCUAACGCCCACCAAACAAAAUUUAAUCAUCCCCUCUUCAGUGCCCUCAACCUAUGCCUAUGACAAGUGUGGGCGAUCGAUUGGACUAAGCAGAAGCGUGCAGCAUGUGGAUACACUACCAAUGUUGCCUUCUAAUUGUAAUGGGUAUGCUGCGGCUGGCAUCUGCAUACAUGUGUGUGACGACUCUCCGUAAUAUAAAUGCGUACAUGAGACUAGAAAUGUAGAAUCUACAACAACAGGAUGUAGCUGUGUACCCUCUAUCGGAUAACACACACAAGCUUCUUGCGGUGCGGAGAAACCGUUCUGCUUUUGGCAACGGCGAACAACAGGCUUUCUCUUCAGCUGUUGUGUGGACGACUCGCACAAUACCAAACAAGCUACACGACCGAUCCGAGGUUCUGAAGGUGGCAAAAGCAAAUGUAUAUUGGUAUGGUGUCACUUCAUAUAAGGAAUAUUCCGCUGUCGCGGCAAUUGCUAUUGUUUCUCAUCUCCAGUAUCUUUCAUUUCAACCACCUAUGGUGCGGGGCUGAGGCUGAAUCAAUAAAAUACAGUCAUGGACCAUUAGUGUCGUCACUAAAUGUACGAUCGCUAGAUUAUGACACGCCGACGAAAGUAGCUGCUAGUUCAUCUGGAGUGUUUGAGGAGGAUGCUACUAACGCUGACUUUGGAACAACCGCAAAGAAUGCGGCCUCAUCUACAGCCGCUGCCCUCGAGAGUCCGACAGACACCGGUGGUGAAAUAGCCGUGCCAAAAACUUUUCCAUUGAGUGCACAAGAACCAACGUGCGAACAGUUACGUGCGAUGUGGAUUUUUUCUAAGAGACAAUCUCGAGCCGCAGAAAUUACAAACGAAAUACCAACCUAUCGGGAUCCGUUUGCCUACAAUGUCUGGGACCCAUAUUAUUCAACUACCCGCAACAUGGGAGGAGGAGUACGUAUGUUGCCACGAUACAACGAUCGAUCUCGGUCACCAGUUUUCGGCCGAGUGAUUAGCAGAGAACCCAUUAUGCCCCCACGUGUAAAUAUCGGUCAUCAUCAGCGACAUUACGGUGUUGAUGGAAGUAACUUCGCUGGUUCCUCUUCCCGCAUCUACGGAGCUGAAACGAAAGGAACACCCUCUUAUCACGGUGCCGGUGGUAGCUCUCGUCGUCCGUUAAAAUAUCGUCACGUGGGUUCUAAUAAUGCAGCAACUAAUGCGGGUAAUAGUGGAAGCCCGAACUCUGUGAACGUUCAAGGAAGUUUCCAACGUUUGAAAGAACUGAUUUGGACGGAGCGCGCCAAGGAACUGACGCAACAGCGCAGGGCAGAAGAGCUGGCCGCACGUGCAGCCGUUCUUAAAGAGAUCACCAAUGGACAAAAUGUUCAAUCCUCUUAUAAACAUACUUCAAAAUCGGAAUCACCGUUAUUGGAUGAAAAUCGUAGCCCUGAUCGAGAUAUAUAUCAGCAUUUGAAUGAUGAUCGCAUGUCUAUUGCAACUGGCCAAGCCCGCUAUAUUGAUAAAAAUUACGGUAAAAAAAAAAAUUCGAAUACAUAUUUAAGCAGCAGUAGCAAUAAUGACACUAAUAAGCGUAAAAACGCAAAAACUAAUUAUAAAGGAAACGGUAGAAGAGACAACAGCAAGGAUGGAGUUAAAGAAGUUGGAUCUUAUGUAGCAACAGGAGGUGCAGGAACAUCAUCUAUGCGUAGCUCUAUGAUAACAAAUAAAAAUCGAAGCAUCGAAAAUAAUGAUAAACAAAGGUCUUUGUCAAUAGUGCCAAAUGGCAACCGUGGAUCCUCCGCAACAAUUGCGCAUAGCAGCAGUUACUUCGACGACGAUCAGAGUAUCGGUAUACCCAGAACAUAUCCAAUGCGCUCAUCACAUUUUCGUGAACGAAAUCGAGCUUUAAUUAGAGAGGAUAACCCAAUGGAAAGAAAGUCAGAUAUUUCCUUCUCUCGAAAGAUUCGUACACAGUUACAAUCGGAGAUGUCCAACAAAAAAACUACGCUUUUUGAACGCCUCAUAAAGGACUUUAAUACGCAUUAUUAUUCGCCAGGUAAUGCUUCAGAAUAUUUGCAGGAUCAUACAUUUUUCGAAGAUGGCACCGAAUCAGAAAAUAUAUCAGAGACGGAGGAUUUAUUCUCUGAUGAAGCUUCCAAAGCAUUGCCAUCGAGCGUCUCUGCUGUAUACAAUAUUAAUGCGGGAAAAAGACUUGAUACUUUUGGGAUUAGUGAACAAUCUGCGACGAAAAUUCAAGGGUGGGAUAGACAGAACAACCCGGAAGUAAGUGGAUUUUUAAACUUUGUCAACCAACAAUUACUUCAACCAUCACAGGUUACAAGUGAUGCCGUGGGCUUGUAUGACUACUUUUAUAUCUAUUAAUGAAACAAGAGUUAUGCAUUCAAUGAGUAACUAGCGCACAUCAUAAUACAUUAGGAACAUUAAAACUAAUCUCUGUACGGUUAAUGAAACCUAUUGCACAGCUCACUUGAGUAUAAAGGACAACAUGGUUACAUCAAAAACAAUACCUACAUAGAUAUACAUAUAAGUAUAUUCUACAUUCAAUCACCAGGAAAAACAGCAGCUAAUCAUCGUUUAUAUUCGAGGAAGUAUACGGACCUGUGUGAUAUAUCAAAUUAACACUUUAAAAAGUAAAGAUAAUGCCAUAGCGCAAAGCCUACAAGGAUCCCUGGACUUUACCAUCACAUAUGCCUACACACGCAUGUCAUUUCAGAGCUCAGAGCUAAUGUAUACUUACAUAUGACAGAACAAAGGUAAUAGAACUGAAAAUGAUCAAACAGUUUGCGGUAGCAACAACCAAUAUGGUAAGAAUGGGCCCGUCCUAUAACCGUUUCCAGAACGAACUAGAAUCCAAUAUGAUACCAUACAUAUACACAAAACUUUCAUACCUAUAUAUAUAUCUCAUUAUCAAUUAAACCAAAGAUACCACUCUUUUAUGAUUUGGAUAAUUGCAUAUCAAUACAAUCUUUUUCUAGCCACAGUAGGCAUAUCAGAGUCAACAUAAUUAUACAUAUAACCCUAUAAUGUUUGAUAAUUUUUUACUAGUAACUCAAUUUUUACAUUUGCUAAUUUUCGUUACAUGCACUAUAUAUAAUCAUAAUUACUACUAUAUAAUAUCCAUAUCAUAUUAACUUUAAUAAGUAACAACAAUACAUACAUGUGGCAAUUAUACAUUUACAUAAAUAAUUGUGGCGCAAAUAUAAAAAUGCAACAUUUGAUAAAUGUAUUGUUUAAUUAAAAUGAAAUUUGUUUUUUAGAAUUAUUGGCAAUAUAAUAAUUUAGAUGUAUUUUAUCUACGUACAUACAUACUUACAUAUUAUAUAUGUAGAUGCAGUUUUGCAUGAGAGUAUUCGAAAUAAUCACUUCACAAUUAUGUGGUUAAAUAUUAAUUAUUGAUUUCGUAUUUUUUCAUUGUUUCAUCAACGGUUCGGUGAUUAUCGCAUUGACAAUACUAGCAAUGACAAUGUUUAGACGCAAGAAUUAGAACACUAUUAAACAAAUAAAUAACUAAAAGUAUACAUAUAAUAUUAACAUUUAUAACCAAUUCAUUCAAUUUGAUUGUGAAAUGCGACAUGAGACAAUAAUUCAAUGUAAAUGAGAACAAUAAGAUAAUUCAGCUGUCAAUUCUAAAUUUAAAAGAUAAAGAAUAUAAGCAGAUAUGUAUAUAUACAAGAUAUUAUUAUAGAUACAUAUAUUAACUCCUAACGAAAAAUAUCUGGAGAGAAUUUCGAUAUCUUAUAAAUGUUUUAAAAUAUAUAACCAUUAUUAAUAAUUAUAUGUAUAUAUGUAAUCAUACAAUGAUGUACUCCAUGCAAUUAUUUUAAGAAUUAAGUUGGAUUAUAUAUGUACAUAGCCUUAGGAAAACAUUUGCCAUACAUUGCGUAUGCCUGUAAUUUUUCUAUAUAUUAUAUAAGCAGCUGUUAAAUGCAAAAGAUGUAAAAAAGCACUGCUAAUCAGAACCUUUUUAGGGUAACGGCUAACCACACUUUCACGAAAGUAUCAGCGGACUUGACUAUGAAAGUCCUUAUCAUGCACCCACGGGUAUAAGAACACAUAAGCAGAAACGAAAGAAGCAAGACAAAAUCCUGCAAUGUUAUUGUCGUAAAAGCUGGUGCUAUCAACUUGUAUAAAUUGGACAGUGGAAGAAAAUUACUUUAUUUCGGUGACCACACUUUUUCGGCGUGUUGAUUGUGCGCCGUCAAAGGAAAAAAGGAAAUAAUGUCGGCUUCAUUUCAUAUUUAUACUAUUUUCUCACUACAAUGAAGCGUAAACAAAUGCCAGCAAUUGAGAAAAAUUUAAGUCAGAACAUCUAUUUCCCUUUGCAAUUGGAAAUGGUUGCCUCUCUUCUCACAUGAUCUAGUUGUCUUUACUUAAAAAUGCCUUUGCCACCACCUUUCGAUACCAGGAAUCAUUAGCUACACCGUUUUUCUGCUCGCUUUUUUUGCGCGUUCCUUUCUUGUCAAAAAAAAUUACAUGUAAAAGCAGCAAAAAUGCUAACGAGUUGAAUUUGUCAAGAGAGUAUAUGAAACCUCAUUAAAAUGGUAUAACCGCUAUCUUCAAUGGUACCAAAUUU